CCGGAGUCAACCUUUCCGCACGAGGCUCCGGUGAGCGGUAUGACUGCGCGCGCUCCGACAACACCGACUAACCGGAUGUGGAAGUAGUUUUUUCUCCGCGUGUAAAAUAGGAAAUUUCUGUGUGACUUCCCCCGGAAAACCAACAACUUAAUAUCAAACGGUUUCCUGUCGGUGUUGCUGUGACCGUGGCGGCGGUGCGGGUGGCGAAGAAGAGCACAGACAGGCUGUGCAGGGCGACGCAGCUCAUGGCGGAAUUUUUCUGCCCGUCGAGGCGCCUAAAAUGGCUCCUCGGCCGCGGAGAGAAAUCUCGUCCUUCUUUGCUGUUUCGCAAUCACGAGAGCGGUGUGACUACCCGAUUUCCAUUAUCGGACACGGCCUGGGGCACGUUCUGGUAAAAUAAAAGCAUUCGGUCGGGUGUGAGCCUCCACAACCCGCUCACAGCGGGCCUGGGGGGUUCAGUCAGCCCCCUGGUGCACUUUAGCAGGUUUCUGUAGCCCUGCCGUGCUAAACCCUCAGCUACGGACCCGUUAUCCGACACACACAGAUGUCGCUGGUCGAUUUGGGGAAGCGGCUGCUGGAGGCAGCCCGGAAAGGUCAGGAUGACGAAGUUCGAAAUUUGAUGGCCAACGGGGCGCCGUUCACCACUGACUGGCUUGGGACGUCCCCGCUCCACCUGGCCGCUCAGCACGGCCAUUACUCCACUGCCGACGUCCUGCUGAGGGCCGGUGUCAGCAGAGACGCCCGCACCAAAGUGGACCGCACCCCGCUGCAUAUGGCUGCCGCCGAGGGACACACGGUCAUCGUGGAGCUGCUGGUCCGGAACGGCGCUGACAUCAACGCCAAAGACAUGCUGAAGAUGACGGCGCUGCACUGGGCAGCACAGCAUGGGCACCACAGCGUGGCUGAAACGCUCAUCAAGCACGGCGCUGACGUACACGCGCUCAGCAAAUUCGACAAGACGCCAUUCGACAUCGCCAUGGACAUCCAGAACACGGAGCUGAUGCUGCUGCUGCAGGAGGGCAUGCAGAAUCAGGUGAAUAUGAACCAGGUGAGCAUGAAUGUGGAGACGAGCAGCACCACCAACCAACCACAGUUCAUCAUCCAGGGCAUACCUGCCAUUCAGGGGGGCGUGGUCAACCUGGCCGAGCUGCUCAACAAGGCCAAUGCAGGAGACUCUGAGGAAGCGAUGGCUGCCAGCGCUCUUGACUCCAACAUCCAGCACGCCACAGUCGUAAACGAAGGUGGUCAGAGGGUCAUCACCAUAGUAACCGACCAGCACGGAAACCUGCAGACAACAGGAGGGAUGGCACAGCCGUUCUUCGUCACCAUGCAGCAUGGACAGCAGAUGCUUGCCGUGCCUGCCAACACCGUGACAGAGGAGGUGGUGACGGAGGAGCCGCAGCCCCCGCCCUCCAGGAAGAGGAAGCUGGAGGUGACCAACAACCACAACAACACGGGAGAGACGGAGCUGUUGCAGAGGCAGCUGCAAGAGGCCAACAGGAAGGCGCAGGAGUACCGACAGCAGCUGCUGAGGAAGGAGCAGGAGGCGGAGGAGUACCGCAUCAAGCUGGAGGCCAUGGCCCAGAGUCAGGCUGGCACCGCCACCGCAAACACGGCGGCUGGCGCCACCAACGCUGCUGCCAGCCCCGAGGAGGUGGUGGGAGGAGAGGAGGAUGAGGAGGAGGGAUCUGGCGGCGUGGUGGAGGAGGAGGGCGAGAUGGUGGUGCUGCAGGAGGGGGGCAUCAUCAUGGAGGGAGAGGAGGGUCAAGUGACGCUGGUGGAGGCGGGGGGAGAGGCGACGGAGGUGAGCUCCUAACGGAGCGCAGCAGGCGGGAUUUGCACGCUGUACUCAUGCCCACAAAAAGACCUGAUCCUGGCGUGACACAUGCUUCAACAGGGGGCGGAAUUCGGCUCAGUGCCAUCCAGACUCCCCGGUUUAGAAACCUUUCACUUCUUUUUUUCAGCAGGGUCCAAAAUGGCUGCCGCGUAGAGGACAUUGACGACCCGAGGAGGAAGAGGGACCUCGUUUACCCUCAGCCAUUUGUUCCCCGAAUGCCGCUUUAACGUGUUUCCUCUGCCCGGCGCUGGCGGAGAGGAAGCUUCUUCAAAUGUUCCUUCUAUGGACUGAUUCCUGCCACUCACACCCGCUUUACCCCCUUCACCAUCCAGCGGAGGGUGCUGUGAAAGGAGCCGGUUUUCCAGGAAUGCUCGGACUCUCCUGUGUUCUUCCGAUGUGACCUUGUGUUCAUGAGCUGCAGGAAGCGUUACUCUGUCUUCCUGUGACCUUUGACCUGAGCUGAACCAGCUCCAUCAUGGACUCUGUUCAUUAAUUAUGAUGUUGUUUCCAGGUGGUUUCUAAAGGGGCACGCUAAGGUCAGGUGACUAUUGAGCAAGCUGAAGUCACAUGACCAGCAGUGUGACGCUCCCCUGCUCCACCCUCCUCCACUAUCUCACUCAUCUACAUAACCGUCCUUAAAUUUGGUCUUUUAACUCCUCCCACUUUGGUUUGUGACACUUACAUGUUUUGAUUUUUACACCAACAUCAGACUGGUCACAUCACCUCAAGGUCACCGCCACUCAGCUGUCUCGUAAGCAAACAGCUGUUCUGUGUAAAUGCUUCACAGUGAAUAAUGUGUUUCCUGUUAGAAUCUUUCACUUCCUGUCAGGACAGGAAGUGCUAAACGCUAAUUCAUUCCAGGAUACUCUAGACAGGAAAUGGAAACCUUAAUUGGCCUGCCAGGUGAAAAGUGUCAAGUAUAGCUGAGCUUGCCUGAUCCUGGACAGUGUGCCUCACCUGCACUGCUCCACCGCUCACUUUUUCAUUUCAGAGACAGGCGAUGUCACACCUGAGGCUGCAGGAGUGCUCCUCUGCGAGGCUCAUGUCUGCCCAGCCUGCUCCCUUAUAGAAGCCCACCUGAGAACACACCUGUCCUCCAUCACCUGUAUAACUUCAGCCAUUUUUAUACACUCAGUGACGUCGACUUUUUCAGUGUACAUAUAAAUUUGUAUUUUUGUAAACUGUACCUUAAUGCUUCAUGAUGAUGAUGGCGGCUGCCUGUGUACCUGUGAUCUCAGGUAAACGCUUCUUCCUUUCAAUAAAAGCUUGUUUCAUAAGCUAA